AUGAAGUCGCUGCUGCUAUUAUUGCUAAUAAUACUCAAUUCCCAAUUUGGCACUUGUUGUGUUGAUGUACUAUUUGUUGUCGACACCAAAGGAAAUGAGAUUUCUCGUCAUCGUGCCAUCGAAAUUGCCAAACAGCUACCCGACGAACUCAAAAUCCGACGAUGGGUUGUCGUUUCUCGACACGAUCGUUAUGUUCCGAGAGUUGUUCGUAACAACGAUGAGCUCAUUUCGGUGCUCGCAACGGUCGCCGGUGAUUAUGAUCGUUUCCUGGAUGUCGCCGGUUCGGAGAUCGCCAGACGAACAAAAGGAUACCAGCAAUUCGUCAUAUUGCUAUUUUCCGAGACUCCUGUGAAUCAGACAAUGGUCCAAAUGUGGAGGUCGAUUUCGAAGGCUCCCGCGCUUCACGUCUUCCGAAUUGGAACGACGAAAAAGAGAGAAAUAUUGUCCGAAGACGAGCACACGAAUUUUGAAAAAUUGAUCGCAUGCGGCAAAUCGCUGCCAACAUCGAUCUUCAGCGACUCGAGCAAAUUCAACGAGAAUGAAAUUCGAAGAAAACCGUCCAUCAAUCCGUUCACGACUACUCGCAGACCUUUGACUUCAACAAGGGAUCCGUUGGUCCGACGCUUGACAUUUUUCAAUGUGUCAGACACUCUUAUCUCGCCGCCUACCACAAGAUCGGCAAUGACGAUUACGAGAAAAUUUCCGAGAAUGAAAGUUACCAGACGGCCGUCAACGUUUCGUGUCAGCUCCACGACAACCGCAACCCUUGCUCCAACCACUUUGGGAAUCUCCUUCGAGACAUCGGAACUACUCAACAAGGACAUUUUGGUCAAAUCUCGAAGUGUUCAUUUCGCCGCUACCGAUAGGCCGAUGACGACGCGCUCGACACUCCGGCCAACGACUCGCAUUGUAACCCAGACAACGAAGAAAACUCGAAAAAUUCCACUCGGCUAUUCUGUUCGGGUUGGGCUCAUCGGCUUUUCGAGUCCCGGUCGUUCCUUGAUUUUGGUCCCAUUGGACAAGUAUGAUGAUAAAGACGAUCUGAUCGAAGAGAUGUUCAAAAUGCGAACAAGUGGAGGGACCACGAAAACCGGGCAGGCCAUCCGGUUUGGAAUAAAGGCGUUUGAUGAUUUGGCGCAUCCGGCGAGGAAGAAUGUCAAGAAAGUUCUUGUUGUGUUGACAGAUGGCUACUCUCAGGACAAUACGAAAGAGGCAUCGCGGGCGGCACGGUCGCGUGGAAUUCAAAUGGUGGCGGUGGCGGUGAAGGAUAAACUCGCUCAGCCCGACGAGCAACAAUUGGCUGAUAUCGCCGGAAAUGCCAAGAAUGUUCUGAUUUCGCCAACCGGACGAUUGCUCCGUGAGAAGAUUCUUGGCUCUCAAUGCCGCAUUUAA